AUGAAUACCUAAACAUUUGAUAAAGUAUAAAAUUCUAUUGGAAACAAUGACAAGACAAAAACAAACACAAAAACAGCAGAAGAAAUAGAAAUAGAAAAAAUCAUAUAAUCCAAUCCUUAUCUAUCAAAAGUUGUUAGCAACUAAGAAGGAAAAAAGGAAAUAGAAAUUUAUGAAAAAUCUAAUGAAGAAAAAUUUUUAAAUCUUGAAUAGUUUAAAUUAGAAGGAAAUUUGCUUUUUAAAAAUAAAGAGUAUAACAAAGCAGCCUAUUUUUAUUAACAAGUAAUAAAAUUUUUUUAAUUUAUAGGCAAUUAUUUAUUUUGAUUAUUUGUUUCCUGAUGGUGACUAAGAGAUAGAGAAAUAUAAAUUAUUAGAAGAAUAGUGCAAUAAUAAUAUGGCUUAAUGUAGAUUUCUUUAAGGAAAUUUAGAUGAAGCAUGGAAUUAUUCUGAUCAAGUAUUGAGAAUUAAUCCAAAAAAUGAAAAAGCAAUAUUUAGGCAAGCUAAAAUUUUAUUACAAAAAGAUGAUCUGGAAUAAUGCUAAGCUUUAGUAAAAAAAUUGGACUAAAAUUUAUAAGAAACCAAAGAAUUAAAAUAAAUUUUGCAAAAUAGAAUGAAACUAUAUAAAAAAAGAACUGAACAAAUCUAUAAAAAGAUGCUUUCAGAUUGA